UUUACAGAGAGCGUAGGCAAAAUGCGGUGUGCGCGCUGCUGCGUUGCCUAAGUCCUCCUUUCCCGACCGUAGCAUCCUGCGGAGCCCGGUGGUUCCGUUCUUCAUUUGUAAAGUCUCCGGGAAACUUAGCUUGUGUGGUUGCUCAGUGUGUCAUGUGGCCGGUCACGUCACGUGACUGCGAGAGCCCGCCCGCCUGUGGAGGUCUGUUGCCCGGACAACAGCUGACUGCCGGGACUUUCCGGGAAAGCGCGGGCUCUUGGUAACAGUUAGGGUUUCCAGUGCCUUAAAUACUUCUGGAUGCUUUCUUUGUGAAGUGAAAAUUACUAAUUAUGGCUCACUAUUCCAAAGAAGAGCUUGAUGAAGAAUUUGAACAAUUUAUGAAGGAGCUUUCAGAUGAUUCUUUUGAAAAUUCAAGCAAAACACCAACACAACCUAAAAGAGAAAUGAAGAAGAAAGAUACAGUGCCUUGGUGGAUAACUGAAGAUGAUUUUGAUGACGGAGUGCUUGGGACAAAUGUGAGCUAUUUGAAGACAAAGAAGGCUUCCCAACCUAUUGUGGACACAGAAGAGGAGUCUGCUGAUAAAGCUCAAUUUCUUAAGAGCAGUGGAACCUCUAUCUUAAGUGUUGACAGCCUAGAAGCAAAUGAAUUAGUCAUUUCUGAGCUCCAUCAUAGUACCCUGGGGUUGGGGUUGGACACGUUAGAAGAACAAGAAGAGAAAGAGCAGUUCUUUGCCAGACUUGAAAAAGGCUUGACGUCUUCUAUUGAUUAUUCCAAAUUAAAUCAAGAACUAGAUUCUGAUGACUCUGCACAAUUCAGAGCUUUACAGAGUUAUCAAGCUAACGUGGAACCAGAUGAAGAUGGGCAUAAGAAUGAAUCAGAACAUGAGGGACUGCCAGAAACAUACAGUGAUGAUUUUGAAGAUGCAGAGGAUGUUGAUGUACCUUUGAUUACUAAAGAUGAAGAGACCCAUCCCAAAGAGACCCCUGAGUCAAGAAAAGCAGAUGUUCCCACACAGGAAGAAGAGAAAACUGGCAUGCUGGCUAAUGUUGUGCUGCUUGAUUCUUUAGACUCUGUUGAGGAUGUUGACCUUGCUGAUCAAAAUAAAGCAACCUCUAAAGCAAAGGCCAUCCCAGAAAUGACUGAUGGUGAACUAGUGGGAACAGGUGUGUCUUAUGGACAGAGCAGUGGUGACACUGAAGCCCUGCAUCAGGCUUACCGUCAUAUAGCUCAUUCUCUGGGAGACACGGGAGAACCAAUAAUCAAGGCUAGCACUGUGGAAAAUGUCAAGAGCUCAGUAAAAGAUUAUCUUCAAGAAAAUGAAGAGUCUUCAAAGAACAUCUCUACCACAGAAUCUGGUAAAGAUCUGCCCACAGUAGAGGAGCUGAUGAGACCCAUCAGGAUAGACUCCUUUGGGGUCAGUGGCUUUGACUUGCUCAGCCUUAAGAAGGCAGCUGACAGUAAAGAAGGGGAAUCUAUGAGCUCUUUACCUCUUAAGAUGAAUGGAAACACUGUGUCUCAAGACCCCACUCACAUGAGCCAAUUUCCCCACCAACACGAGGAGAAUGUGGCUUUACCCAAGACCGCGGGUGAGAGCGUGGAUGGAGGCUGUCCAGCGUCAACUGCUAUGGAAGAUCGUUUGGACAAAGUGUACCUCAAAAUUUUGAAGAAAAAAACAACUAUUACCCCUUCACUAUUACCUCAGGGUGACAAAACCAACCAGACUUCAAAGACUCGGCUCAGUGCUGGGGAAGAGGGACCUGUAACUGGCAAACAGGUUCCAUACAAGAAGGCCAGAAGUGCACCUCCUUUGCUUAAGAGAAAGCCACAGAGUGGACUGUAUGUAUCAACUCGGAGCUCAGGCUACAGCAAAGCCAGUUCACCACUCCAGUUAUUUUCUGCUUUUGAAAAGAAAUCUUCAAAGGACAAUAUAAAAAGUAAAAAUGUGAGAUCCAUUCCCACCUCAAAUCAAUUCAGGAAAAAAGAAAUAUUAUCUGGAACAAAACUCAUCAAGCCUGCAGUUUUGAAUAAGCCAUCCCCCCAAAGUGAAGGUAGCCUAGCUACACCUAAGAGGCCAGACGACUCCACAGCGGACUCCUCUGUCCAAUUCCAGACUAAGCCUUCAGGAUCCUCUGGUGAGAACAGAGAGAAAGAAUUACUUAUGUUGAAAAGAGCUCAGGACGCGGAGGAAAAAUGGAGGGGCGCACAAGCCCUAAUUGAGCAAAUUAAAAUCACAUUCUCAGAGAAGGAGAAGGAACUGGAGAACACCCUGGAAAACCUUAAGAGACAACAGGAAGGAGAGCUCUUCAAACUGAAUCAGGAAAAUUACAUUCUUCAGGCCAAGUUAAGUAGCUUUGAAGAAACAAGCAGAAAACAGAGGUGGCUACAGCUUGGAGAAACAUCUGAUCCCAUCACUGGAGAAAAACUGAAACAAAUCCAAAAAGAAAUACAAGAACAAGAGACACUUCUUCAGGGAUAUCAGCAGGAAAACGAAAGGUUGUAUAAUCAAGUAAAAGAUCUCCAGGAACAAAAUAAGAAAAACGAAGAGCGAAUGUUUAAGGAAAAUCAGAGUUUAUUUAGUGAGCUAGCCUCUUUAAAAGAACAGGUUCACAAAAAUCGUUUCCUGUCUCAAGUAGUUGAAAAUGUAGAACCCAUCAAAAACCAGAGUUUCACAGAUCUGCUAGCAGAAUUACGGGUGGUGCAGAAAGAGAAAAACCAUCUGAUGGAAGACAUCAAAAGACUGAAGCAGGACAAACAAGCUCUUGAAGUGGACUUGGAAAAAGUGAAGAAAGAGAGAGACCAAGCCAAAGAACAGACUGCUUAUGCCACGGGUGAAAAAUUAUAUGAAAUAAAAAUUUUGGAAGAAACACAUAAGCAAGAAGUCAGUCGUCUGCAGAAGCGGUUACAGUGGUAUGCUGAGAAUCAGGAGCUUCUAGAUAAAGAUGCAGCUCGUCUCCGAGAGGCCACUGAAGAAGCUGAGAAGCUGAAACUAGAGAUCGAAAAACUGAAAACUGAGUCUGGGAGCCCAACUACUCAGCAAAGGUUACGCUCAAAGGAAAGAGCUCUUGAUGCCAAAAGAAUUCAGGAUCUGGAGCGGCAGGUUAAAGAAAUGGAAGGAAUUCUGAAGAGAAGAUACCCCAACUCUUUACCUGCUUUGAUUCUGGCUGCCUCCGCAGCUGGUGAUUCAGUAGAUAAAAAUACAGUAGAGUUUAUGGAAAGGAGGAUAAAAAAGCUAGAAGCUGAUCUGGAGGGCAAAGAUGAAGAAGCAAAGAAAAGCCUUCGCACCAUGGAACAACAGUUUCAGAAAAUGAAGAUCCAGUAUGAACAGCGGCUGGAGGAGCAGGAGCAGCUGCUUGCACACAGACUAAAGGAAGCUCCACAGAGCCAGCGCAGCAGUUCAUCCAGGCUUAAGGCACUUGAGGCAGAACUUGGGGAAAUAAAGGAAGCCCAUCAGGUCACUGUAAAAAAGCUAGAAGACGAAAUUGAUGUUCUUAAACAUCAGAAUGCUGAGUUAGAACACAAGAAGAAUGACAAAGAGGAUCAGGAUCUCCAGUCUAUAGAAUUCCAGGUAGAGCAGGCACAUGCUAAAGCAAAGCUGGCAAGACUCAACGAAGAACUGGCAGCAAAGGGGAGAGAGAUACAAGACCUUACGAAAACUGUGGAGAGGCUCCAGAAGGAGAGAAGAAUGAUGCUGUCUAGGCAGAGCCCCAGGAGCAGAGAGGAAAUGUCUGCCAAACGGCUGAAGAAAGAGGCUUUGCACCCAGAUAGAAGGAAUGCAUAUUCCUUCCCUGGAACCCUAGAUGCCAAACUGUACCACCCACACACCUUUACCAACUCCCAUGUUUCAGAGGUUUUACAAGAAAACUACAGAUUGAAGAAAGAACUAGAGGGAUUGAUUUUAGAGAGAAGUAAGCUGAAGAUGGACUCUGAAGCAGCAGUACAGCAAUUUGAAAACUCCAUGAAAAGGGUCAAGGAUGACAGUGCGGCACACAUCGCGUCCCUCAAGGCGUCUCAUCAGAGGGAAAUAGAGAAACUCCUUUGCCAGAAUGCAAUAGAAAAUUCCUCUUCCAAAGUAGCUGAACUGACUCGCAAAAUCACAACUCAAGAGGUACUUAUAAAACAUUUCCAAGGUCAAGUUACUGAGCUGCAAGGUAAACAAGAAUCCCUUGCAGUUUCUCAAGCUCGAGAAGAAAUCCUACAGAACCAGAUUACAAAACUCUUGGAAGAAUUGAAAGAAGCCAAAGAAAACCAUACACCAGAGAUGAGACAUUUCAUGGCCUUAGAAAGGAAAAUUCAGCAGAUGGAAAUGAGGCAUAAGCAGAGAGAGCUGGAACUCCAACAGAUAAUACAGCAAACACGCCAAGUAGUAGAAACUGAGCAAAACAAAGAAGUUGAAAAAUGGAAGAGACUUGCACAGUUGAAGAAUCGGGAGCUGGACAAGUUCCGCACAGAAUUGGACUCCAUCCUAGAUGUCCUGCGAGAGCUGCACCGACAGGGGGUGGUGGUGCCUGUUGCCCUUGCAGAUGAAGUAAACACAGCAGGGUUUUAGUCGGAACUUGGAUCUGAGUGACCUCACUACAAGACCACUGAGGAUGUGCCACUGUCGGGACAGCUUUGGAAAAAUGGUUCUAGUACAGAUGUGUGUGCACAGCACCGGAGUUACGUCAGAAUAAACCACCUGGAACCAGCAAGGAACAAAGAACAGUGGUCAUGGUGGAGUUUACUGAAAACCCUUAGCUAGCACAUCGGAGAUGACUCGGAGCAGGCUCCCUGAUGCCAGAAGGCCAUGACUCGCGAGGUUUACUGCAGGAGGGCUUGUUCCCAGGCCACCGUGGAAGGAACACAGUGCUCAUCCUCAGCCUGCUUUAUCCAUACAUGUGUACUUUCCGUUUUCCAUACGACAGAGCAUCUGCUCUUUCUCAUGUUCUGGGAAAUGUUCGGGGACAGGAAUAUGGGCCGAGUGCUGGGGACAGUCUCAUCAACUGUCAACUGAGAUAGAGCGUCCUCGGUAAUUUAGAUGACAGUUGGAACUUCUGUACAGGGAAGCAGCAGGUUUUCUUGGGCUUUUUGGACCUGAUUUAAAGUGACAACUACUGGCACAGUUUGAUGUGUCCAUUACUGUCAGGUCUGGAAAUGACAGUCCUGAUUUUUGGCAGCUCUAAAGUUAUAAACAAUUUAAGAAGUUUUACUUUUUCUGUUGAAAGAGAGCAAUUAUGUCCAUUAGGGAAAAAAAUCUGAUAACAAUAGCUAGCUUAUUUUAUAAUCCCAUCUUUAAAAGCAAAUCAGGGAUAUAUAACAUGUGGUUAAUCAAAGUCACAGCCAAUUGGCUUUCCCACGUCUCUCCCAGUCUGCCAUACAGCCCUUGCUGGAGAGUGCUAUCCAUGGAGACACACCUGGUGUCUGUACUGGGUCCUCCCUGAUCAUCCAGGACAUCUGGUUGCUCUUACUAGCCCCAGGCAGCAUAAGAGUUGCAUAGUAAAUUUAAUUUUUAGUCACUUUAAAAUGUAAAAACUGUGAGCUAAAUCUUUAGAAUAUAAUUUACAUUAGUAGCACAUUUUGACUUGGACUACAUUCCAACUGCAUGUACCAGUAACUGCAGUUCUGAGUUAAUACUUGCUAAGUAGAAUGUUCCAUAAGGGACAAGAGAGCAAAGGUUGUGAAGUAUAUAUAGCACCUGCUAAAUAGAAGAAGUGUAAUCACUGUCUUAAUGCCAACAUUUUGUAAUGUUUUUUGUUUCUGAGAGGGGAGUAAAACAUUUUCAGUUUUUUCUUGUACAACAUUUCAAAGUUAUAAUACAAAUAAUUUAUUAUUUA